CCCAAUAAAAGGGCCCAUAGCGCCUGUCUCUGUUCCUUAUCAUUUCACCCUACGACCUUUUUCAUUCCAUAAGGAAUUCUGAUCUGAAGAGGGAAAAGACAAAGAAGAAGAAGAAGCUGGGAAGAAGAAGAAGAAGAAGAAGAAGAAGAAGAAGAAGAAGAAAAAGGGGAAGAAGGAGAAAAAGAAAUCCGAAGAGGAAAGGAAACAUAAAUGGGAAAGUGCAAGAAGGUGGGAGGUGUGAGACAGUAUAUCAGAUCGAAGACUCCUCGGCUUCAAUGGACUCCCGACCUCCACCGCUGCUUCGUCGAAGCUAUUGACCAUCUUGGUGGCCACCGCAAGGCAACGCCGAAGCUUGUUCUUCAGAUGAUGGGACUGAAGGGAUUGAAGAUUUCUCAUGUAAAAAGCCAUCUUCAGAUGUAUAGAAGCAGUAAGAAUGGCAUGAAGGCAGAGACGCAGAUCACCAAGAGGCCAUUUCGCUAUGAUAAUGGUCAUGAAUCUGAGUUGUCAUCAGAAACCUCUCGAAACUUCAACUUCAUGCACGAUUAUUCUCACCAUGGCUGUUCAUUGAAUAGAAGAUGGGAGGAGGAAAAUUGUGAUGACUUGGUAAGCAAAAGGACGCCAUGGACAGCUUUGGAGACGUUGAAAGGAAACAUCAAUUGCGACUAUUUCAAAGGCCGUAGCAGCGGUAACAGACGAGAACAAGAAAAUAACGAAGCGGAGCAGCUUACAUAUAUGGCCAACCCGUCCAACAUCUCCAAAUUAAUAAAGACAGAACUGAAGAGGGAAGACUGGCUAGAGGCGCCACCAUUGAGCUCUAUUUCGUCCUCAUUUGUAGGCAGUGAAGCGAAGACCAAGCAAGUCGAAGCGAUUGACAGGUGUGAAUUGUCACUUCCAGGCUUCUGGAGAAGGGCUGGCUCCUCCUCGACGAUUGAUACCAGUGAAGUCAUGUCCUUGUUUCCCAUAAUUAAAUGCAUGGACGGCACCAACAGCGCCAGUGACGAAAGAGAGAUCAACCUGGAUCUGUCCAUAUCUAUUCCUGGCUCACACUAGAACCCUGAUAGAGACAAACUCUGUAAAUGGCUGUCUGUACAACGUUGAGCAGAAAGGGCCUUCGUUAUGGUACCGAUUUACCUCGGGAGGUAUAUAAGAUGCCCAUCUUUUUUUUACCACAAUAACUUGGGAAUUCUCCCCAGAAGUUUCCAUGAAUUAUUGGUGUACUC